GGCAGCGCCACAGGUGAUCCAAGAGAAUCGGAAGAACUGGAGCACAGAAUAAUUGGGCUAUUGGACCACCGACACAACUGCGGAUUAGCCUACCGAUCAACGUGUUCAGUAAAAUAUAUCUGCUCAAAGACUGAUUCUUAUGAUCACCACUGGAUUUAGAAAAGACUCUUAUCAGUGUUGGACUCUUUCCAAAAUGGAGCGAAAAGCCUUUAUCAUAAUGUGGAUUUUUUUUGCAACAGUUCAAGUUGGAACAACUCAGUCCACAACAGAUUCAACAUCACCAUCAUCUGUUAGUACAGUGGACACCUCUGCAACACCCACAGCUACAACAACAUCUUCAACAACCACGACAGCGGUUACUGAAUCAUCCACCACUACUGCAGGAGAUACCACAACAGCACCACAAACUAGUGUUACAACAACUGAACCCUCCACGACAGCUACAACAACAGAAGUGCCCGCAACAACCACUACAACUCUUACUGAAUCAUCCACCACUACAGCAGGAGUUACCACAACAGCACCACAAACUAGUGUUACAACAGCUGAAUCCUCCACAACAGCCACAACAACAGCAGUGCCCUCAACAACCACUACAACUCUUACUGAAUCAUCCACCAAUACUGCAGGAGUUACCACAACAGCAGCAGAAACUAGUGUUACAACAGCUGAAUCCUCUACAACAGCAGAACCCUCAACAACCAUUACAACUUUCACUGAAUCAUCCACUUCUACUGCAGGAAUUACCACAACAGCACCUCAAACUAUUGUGACAACUGAAUCCUCCACAACAGCAGUGCCCUCAGCCACUACAACUCUUACUGAAUCAUCCACCACUACUGCAGGAGUUACCACAACAGCACCACAAACUAGUGUUACAACAGCUGAAUCCUCCAAAACCGCCACAACAACAGGAGUGCCCUCAACAACCACUACAACUCUUACUGAAUCAUCCACCACUACUGCCGGAGAUACCACAACAGCACCACAAACUACUGUUACAACAGCUGAAUCCUCCACAACAGCGGUGCCCUUAACCACUACAUCUCUUACUGAAUCAUCAACGACUACUUCAGGAGUUACCACAACAGCACCACAAACUAGUAGUACAACAACUGAAUCCUCCACAACAGUUACAACAACUGCGGUGCCCUCAAUAACUACUACAGCUGUUACUGAAUCAUCCACCACUACUUCAGGAGUUACAACUACAGCCGCACAAACUAGUGUUACAACAACUGAAUCCUCCACAACAGCAGUACCCUCAACCACUACAACUCCUACUGAAUCAUCCACCACUACUGCAGGAGUUACCACAACAGCACCACAAACUAGUGCUACAACAGCUGAAUCCUCCACAACAGCCACAACAAAAGCGGUGUCCUCAACAACCACUACAACUCUUACUGAAUCAUCUACCACUACUACAGGAUUUACCGCAACAGCACCACAAACUAGUGUUACAACAGCUGAAUCCUCCACAACAGCCACAACAACAGCAGUGCCCUCAACAACCACUACAUCUCUUACUGAAUCAUCCACUACUACCGCAGGAGUUACCACAACAGCACCACAAACUAGUAUUACAACAGCUGAAUCCUCCACAACAGUGGUGCCCUCAACCACUACAUCUCUUACUAAACCAUCGACCACUACUUCAGGAGUUACCACAACAGCACCACAAAAUAGUGUUACAACAACUGAAUCCUCCACAACAGUUACAACAACUGCGGUGCCCUCAACAACUACUACAGCUGUUACUGAAUCAUCCACCACUACUUCAGGAGCUACCACAACAGCACCACAAACUAGUGUUACAACAGCUGUAUCCUCAACAACAGCAGUGCCCUCAACCAUUACAACUUCUACUGAAUCAUCCACCACUACUGCAGGGGUUACCACAACAGCACCAAAAAUUAGUGUUACAACAGCUGAAUCUUCCACAACAGCCACAACAACAGAAGUGCCCUCAACAACCACUACAACUCUUACUGAACCAUCCACCACUACUGCAGGAGUUACCACAACAGCACCACAAACUAGUGUUACAACAGCUGAAUCCUCCACAACAGCCACAACAACAGCAGUGCCCUCAACAACCACUACAACUCUUACUGAAUCAUCCACCACUACUGCAGGAGUUACCACAACAGCACCACAAACUAGUGUUACAACAGCUGAAUCCUCCACAACAGCCACAACGACAGCGAUGCCCUCAACAACCACUACAACUCUUACUGAAUCAUCCACCACUCCCACAGGAGUUACCACAACAGCAGCGCAAACUAGUGUUACAACAGCUGAAUCCUCCACAACAGCCACAACAACAGCGUUACCCUCAACAACCACUACAGCUGUUACUGAAUCAUCCACCAGUACUGCAGGAGUUACCACAACAGCACCACAGACUACUGUUACAACAGCUGAAUCCUCCACAACACCCACAACAACAGCAGCCACAACAACAGCAGUGCCCUCAACAACCACUACAACUCUUACUGAAUCAUCCACCACUCCCGCAGGAGUUACCACAACAGCAGCGCAAACUAGUGUUACAACAGCUGAAUCCUCCACAACCACCACAACAACAGCGUUGCCCUCAACAACCACUACAGCUGUUACUGAAUCAUCCACCAGUACUGCAGGAGUUACCACAACAGCACCACAGACUACUGUUACAACAGCUGAAUCCUCCACAACACCCACAACAACAGCAGUGCCCUCAACAACCACUACAACUCUUACUGAAUCAUCCACCACUACUGCAGGAGUUACCACAACAGCACCACAAACUAGUGUUACAACAGCUGAAUCCUCCACAACAGCCACAACAACAGCGGUGCCCUCAACAACCACUACAACUUUUACUGAAUCAUCAACCCCUACUGCAGGAGUUACCUCAACAGCACCAAAAACUAGUGUUACAACAGCUGAAUCCUCCACAACAGCUACAACAACUGUGGUGCUCUUAAUGACCUCUACAGCUGUUUCUGAAUCAUCCACCACUACUUCAGGAGCUACCACAACAGCACCACAAACUAGUGGUACAACAACUGAAUCCUCCACAACAGUUACAACAACCGUGGUGCCCUCAACAACCACUACAACUCCUACUGAAUCAUCCACCACUACCGCAGGAGUUACCACAACAGCACCACAAACUAGUGUUUCAACAGCUGAAUCCUCCACAACUUACAACAACAGCGGUGCCCUCAACAACCACUACAACCCCUACUGA